AUGGUUCAUGCGGACCCUGAUGUAUCUGUAGCGGCUAUUAUUGAAGCUAUUCAUGGUUUUACAAAUUAUCGGGUAAAAUAUGGAAAGGCUUGGAGGGCUAAGCAGCAUGCUAUAGCAAUGUUGUGGGGCGACUGGAAGGAGGCAUAUGGAAGGGUACCAAAAAUAUUAAAUGCAAUUGCACACUUCAACCCGAGGACAAAGUGGUGCAUUCAUAGCAUAGGCAGGCAAGAGAUGCACAAGGGUUCCAUGAGGCCCGUAAUGAAACGUGCAUAUUGGUGCUUCCCACAAUGUGUAGAGGCAUUCAAGCAUUGCAAACCUGUUAUAAGUGUGGAUGGCACAUUUCUUACCGGGAAGUACCGCUGGGCAUUGUUGAUUGCAACAGGCAUGGAUGGUGAGGAUCGUUUGAUCCUGCUAGCAUUUUCUUUGGUUGAGGGUGAAAACGACAGCUGGUCAUGGUUCUUGCAUUUGGUCCGUAGAGAUGUUGUUGGACAGGAUCGUAAGGUGUGCAUUAUCUCGGACCGGCAUCAAGGAAUUUUUAAUGCAGUUGAGGACCACAUGGAAGGCUACCAUCCAAUUGUGCAUAGGUGGUGUAUGAGACACUUCGCAGCUAAUAUAUGGCAAAGGCAAAAGGGCAAGAAAGUUAUAAAGCAGCUAAAGUUGUUAUGCGCAUCAAAGACAGAGAAGACAUUUGCUAUUAGGCUUACAAAACUAAAAGGUAUGAUGAACGAAGAAGCAACCGAGUGGUUAGAGGACCAAAUGGAAAACAAGAGUAAGUGGGCUCUUGCCUUUGAUGAUGGUUGUAGAUAUGGUAUAUGUAACACAAAUAUAUCAGAAGUGUUGAACAAAGUUCUUAAAGGGGUACGUGCUAUGCCCGUUUCAGCCAUUGUGGAGUACACGUUCUACAAGGUGAAUUCAUACUUUAUGCAUAGAUGGGAGAAAGCAAACCAGCAAAUAGCUUCUAGGCCAAACCAAGAUCUAUGGGGAAAAGGUGCCAUGAAGCUGCUAACCAAAGCAGGCAAGGCAGCAGCAGCAGGCAUGUCAGCUGAGUUGUUUGAUCCGACCACGUUUGAACCGAUUCUUGAUCCCUCACAUUGGCCCGAGUACAAUGGCCCUGAGUACAUUCCAGAUCGUAGCAAGCUGAAAGAUAAGGUUGGAAGGAGGAAGAAAAAAUGGCUCCGCAAUGAGAUGGAUCAGUUUAGUGGUUACGGUGAUGAUAUUUAUGGUUAUGGUGACUUUAACCAAGAUAGUUCGAAGGAUGUUGCAGUCAUGCAAACGUAA